AUGCUCCAUACCGAUAUCCCUAUUGUCCCCGUGCGUCCUCCGAGAUCCGAUCCCCGUCCUUGCUCUCUCCCACUCCCCGUCCGAACCCUCGGUCUUCACCAUCUCCGCUCACUGCAUCGAUUCGUGGCCAUUGCAAACGUUGACACCCCGUUCGUGGCGUACCAGAUCGUGUACGCCCUGCCUCGCGCAAUACAGGCUCCACAAAUGAUACUGCGUCGCUAUCAGGACGUCGACGCGCUCCAGCUCGCGUUGCAGUUCGCGCUCUGCUGA